AGCGCAUUAGAUUUUGAAACAUGUUGCAAUCUACCAUCCAGCGCUGUAUCAUAGACCUCUAUGCCCCCAGCCUCCAGCACCCACCGUCGAACUGCGAAAGCUAAGAAGGUUACCUUUGAGCCCAAAGUUGAGGAACACACCAGAAGUGGUACUCGUACGGCGCCCCUCCUGACGCGUUUUCUUACUGGAAUAGCCCUUAUAAGCGCAAUUUUCCUUGCUGUGUACUAUUACUACAGCUAUCUGCUAUGGGAGCCUCCGAGUACUGCCAAACUCGAGGAGGACCUGCUUUCACCGUUCCAAGUUGUUGACCUGCCAGGGAAAGGCAAGGGAGUCAUUGCCACUCGAGAUAUUGCCCAAGGUGAAUUAUUGCUUCGCGAGAAGCCCUUGUUCCUCGUUCCAACCCACAUAACAUCCUCACCUGGAGCCCUCCUUCUUACUUCUCUCGCCCGCCUAACACCGGUUCAGCGGAAAUCCUUCUAUGAUCUUUCCUACGUGAACUUCCCCAGAGACGUCAUCCCUGAUACACCCGAAUAUAACGAAGCACUUGCUCUAGCUAUUUUCCAGACCAAUUCUAUAGCAGCUGGAAGCAAUGUGGGUAUAUUCCCUCGAAUGGCUAGGUUUAAUCAUGGUUGUUCGAGUGCGUUUAAUUCAGUGUAUACCUGGAGGGAGAAAGAAGGUUUUCUUGUGGCUCAUGCAUUGAAAGCCAUCAAGAAGGGCGAGGAGUUACUUACGACCUAUACGGACACUAAACGGCCAAGAGACUCGCGCCGGAGAUACCUCCAUACGCAUUACGGCUUUACGUGCCAAUGCGCCGUCUGCUCCUUACCAGAUGACCUUUCACGCAAGUCCGAUAGCCGAUUAUCACGGAUGUCCGAAUUGUAUUCCCAAUUUGCACGUUGGGGUGACAGCUCUAUUAGUGGGCAAGAAGCAGCCAACAUAGCGCGUGAAAUCUGGAGCAUUGGGGAAGAAGAAAGAUACUGGAGCGAACGUGGCAGACUUGCAGCAGACGCAGCUUGGGUUGCCGCUGCGCACUCUGAUGACGUAGCAGCGAGGGAAUGGGCUGCGUUGGCAUUAGAGUGGUACGCUUACGAGUUGGGCGCUGACAGCGAGCAGGCACACGAAAUGCAGAAUGUCAUUGCAGACGCAGAGAAGCAUCCUGUGUGGGGGAGCAGACAUGAAGAGCAUGUCGGAGGUCCCAAGAAGGUUUGAUUAGAUGUCUAUAGUGUUUGCGAUUGCUGUUUGGAGCUCCAUCGGAAGAGACUAUCAUCCCGAUGGCCGUUCUGGAGACAUCUAGACAGUAGAUACCGCCUUCAUAUUGAUGAUCAUAAAGCAAUGAAGGCACCAGCGACCC